AUGGCCCCUUCGGUCUCUUCGCUCGCCUCAUGGCGUACCCUCGCAAUCGUUUUGGCCCUGAUCAACCUCAAAUGUCUUCCUCUAGCAUGGCACCUACGGCUCGCGUACCGCUUCGUCCGUAAUUCCUUCACGCCAGCCAAGGUGCAGCGUGCCAUCAAGGCGUCAGCCGACUCCGACAAGAUCUACCCGCUGUUCGGGUACGUGUCCAUCUUUUCCCGGGCGCCGCUGCUAGAGACAGACUACAACCUCCACAAGAGCAACAGCACGUACUUUACCGACCUCGACGAGAGCAGGAUGGCGCUGAUGGCGAGGAUUCUGAUGCCAAACCGCGACAAGGGGAUCAAGGCCCUCGAAGAACAAGAACACAAGGGCCGGUCGGCGGUGAUCCUGGGCAGCGUCCAUACCUCUUUCCACCGAGAGAUCAAACCGUACGAACGCUACGAGGUGCGGUCGCGGGUUCUGGGGUGGGACAAGAAAUGGUUCGUCAUCGCCAGUUACUUUGUCCGGCCUGCAACGAAAGGCAAACAGGAAGUGGUGCUUGCGUCCGCUCUGAGCAAGUACGUCGUCAAGAAGGGGAGGUUCACCGUGUCGCCGGAACGUUGCCUGAUGACGGCGGGCUGGUUGCCAGAAAAGCCGGAGACGUACCAGUCUGGCGCGGGCCAGUCGGUAGAGAGCUCAGGAGGGUCGUCCUCAGACACGCCUACAACUACGGUGGUGUCAGACUCGCAUUCGGCCGCUGCGACCCUUCAAGAAGAUCCGUCUGAGAUGGCCACCCCUGUGCCUCAAGGUCUGCUACCCGCACCGGUGCCCGCUACUCCGGUCGUGGAAGCCACCUCCACCGUCGUGGAUAAACUCGAAAAGGCUGCCCAGAAGGUGUCGGACGAACUUCUUCCCGCAAGUGAGCCGCUGAUGCCAUUGACCAAGGUUGACCAUGCUGGAGAAUGGGAUUGGCACCGGAUCGAAAUGGAGAGGAUCCGCGGCCUGCGCGUUGCGGCCAACUGGCUGGCGCUGGACAAGAAUCUUUUGGACGAAGCGAGCCGCGGAUAG